AUGAAACCGCCUACUCGGAUAGCGCUGCAAUCGGCGGUGCUUCGGCAACAAUUCCAAUCUUCGCCAAUAGCAGCAGCAGCAACAACAACAACCCUUCCCUUAUUAAUAAUAACAACCCACCAGCGACAACAACGCAAUAUCCAUACCACUCCCCCCGCGCCCGCCACUGUCUCCCCCAUCCACGGCACCGGCCCGCCUCCCGAGCCCCCCGUCCCCGCCGUCGACAGCGCCACCUCGCGGAUCGAGCGGCGGCGGAAACAAGCGGAGCUCUUGGAGAGAGCGCAGGAGAUCAGACGACAAUCCUCCCCCUCCUCGUCGUCGUCGUCGUCAUCUUUAACCGCGGCGGGAAGAAAGGCCCGCGACGCCAACCUCCUGCGCAAGCGCUUCUGGAAGGAGGUGCACGUGCGCGAGGUCGACGGCGCGUACGAGGUCCACCUGGACGCCCGGCCGCUCCGCCGCCCGGACUCCAAGCACGUCGUGCGCCUGCCCCGCAGCAAGCCCCUGCUCGCCGCCGCGCUAGCCGCCGAGUGGGACGCGCUGGUGUCCGCGCAGCAGGCCACGCGCCAGCACUUGAUCCCGCUGACGAGCCUGGUGUGUCGGGCGCUGGACAUCGCGGACGAGGACGCUGCUGCUGCUGGUGCUGGUGUUUCCUCUUCCCCCUCUUCCCCCUCCUCUUCGUCUAUCCGGGAGGGGCUGGCGAACAUGCUCCUGCGAUACCUAGACACGGACUCGCUGUUGUGCUGGGCUCCUCCGGCGAGAGAAGAAGAAGAAGGGAGGGGCGACACGCUACGGGACAGGCAGAAGAGGGCCGCGGAGGAGGUCGUCGGGUACCUGACGCGGCGGGUGUGGCCGGGGGUGCAGAUCGAGCCGGUGCUCGACGGGGAGAGCAUCGUGCCGCGGCGGCACGCGGAGGUGACGCGGCAGGUGGUGCGGGGGUGGAUCGCGGGGCUGAGCGCGUGGGAGCUGGCGGGGCUCGAGCGCGGGGUGCUCGCGGGCAAGGGGUUGCUGGGGGCCGUGAGGCUGCUGGUGGAGUGGAGCGAGGGGCCGGUGGGUGUCGGUGCGAAGGAACAGGAACGCGAACGGGGACCCGGCGAGAAGAGGUUCGGCGUGGAGGAGGCGGCUAGGCUGGCGAGUAUAGAGGUCGAUUGGCAGACGGGGAGGUGGGGAGAGGUCGAGGAUACGCACGAUGUCGAGAAGGAGGAUCUUAGACGGCAGUUGGGGAGCGUGGUGCUGCUUGUGACGGGGACGGGGGCUGGGAGGAAGUAG